UGCGGCGGGUUUAGGGUCGAAAAAAUUCGUUUGGGACAUCCGGGCCGAGUCUCCAACGAUAGUUGGGCAUAUAUUUCGUAUGGGAAUCGGGCCCGGAUGUUGCCGACGGAUUGUUCGUUUUGAUCCAACAAACCGAAAUCGCGGGGUCACACCGCAUCCAUCCCGAGCGGCACCCGAGCGUGGCGUGUGUGUGCACGAGCUUUCCAGUACCCAGCACAGACUGGACCGGGUGCGCAAUGGAGCACGCGAGUGCGGCCGACGACAGCGGCAGCGACGACGAACGACAUGCCCACCUACUUGUUCUUCUUGCAGCAGCGAAGCGGAGACGUCGCGAGCGGCAACGCGCUGUGCUUACGGGUGUCGACCUGGCGAGUUGUCCUGCGGUCCUUCCCAGAUGGCGACGAGUUGGAGGACGAAGGCCUUGGCGGUGGCUCCCCCGUGAAGCGUACCCGCCGAGUUCUUCCACGGCCAGACUACCGCGCCUCGUUUUGGUGGCGCAUGCUGGGCGAGACGGGCCUCAAGGAACCAGUGUCAAGAGAGGCCAAGCUUUUUCGGAGGCGCUUCCGCAUCCCAUACCAGUUCUUCACCGAGCUCAUGGAGCUGGUCAAGAAGAAGAAGUGGUUCCCCAUGCGCAAGAAAGAUGUGGCCGGGCGUAUGUGCAUCCCAGUCGAGCUGAAGGUGAUGUAUUUUUGAGACGUGCCGAUUCCAACACUGGCAUUCAUGCAUUCAUCUAGAAUAUUUAAUGCAUCUUUGUGUGCACACUGAGAACAAGGACAAUGUAUAGUCUACGCACGCACGCACGUAGUAUGCGAAAAACAGAGUAGCGCGACUGGGUGUCGGAGGAGAGCAAGGGCAACGUAAGUAUGGUCUACACAUAGUGCAAAGUCGUACCAUAGACCGCAGGGCUUGUGCAAAAGAUGAGAAAAACGUGGUGUACACCUUCAGAAGCUGCUGCAGGUAGAUUGUGGUAAAUUAUUCUCGCCAAACCCCCCUUGUUCCAUUUUCUACGUCUUGCGCCAGAGCCAAUGCUGCAGGAAGAUACUGCUGUGUUGCUCAUGCCCCUUCCGGUUUGCCAUGUUCUCGAAGUAGUCGAAAAUGCAGCGCCGCGAAUAACCUGACAACCGAACGAUCAAUUCCCGCCGACCGUACACCGCGCACGACGUCCAUGCGCACAGGUCUAGUCAUCCCUGCACAUCUUGGGUAGGGGAAACUUCUUCGAGGACAUGAGCCAGGCUUCACACAGGAGUGAGGGCGUUUACAGGCCNCCUGACAACCGAACGAUCAAUUCCCGCCGACCGUACACCGCGCACGACGUCCAUGCGCACAGGUCUAGUCAUCCCUGCACAUCUUGGGUAGGGGAAACUUCUUCGAGGACAUGAGCCAGGCUUCACACAUGAGUGAGGGCGUUAUACAGGCUAGCUUCCACAAGUUCACGAAGCUGUUCGCCCAGGAGUUUUAUCACGACCACGUGUGUAUGCCCACUGGCGAGGACCAGGACAAGGUGACCUACACUUCAUGAAAUGUCUGCCGCACUUUUUUUCUUCGUGCGACCACACUUGCUUUCCGCUGUAUCCGUUGAAGACCAUUCCGCCUGUAUUUCCUUGCGCGACCGGCCCGGUGGUCUAGUGGUAUCCUCGUAAACCGCUAGUCGCAGACAUCGUGCUAGACGCGGAGAUCUUGACUUCGAAUCCCGAUGGGGAGAAAAAAAAUUAGUUUGCGGGUGAAAGGGUUAUACAAAAGCUCUCGUGAGUGCCAACUUCGACGUUAGUACAGUUGACGAGAAAAGGGACGGCUGGUCCUUCUCGCGAUAGAAAUAAAAUUCAGCACGCAACGCGGGAGGAAGGUCGGGCAUCUUGACAAAAUACAUGGAAGAAAUAAGCCCU